CACCCCUUUACAACAACGUGAGGGAGGGGCUCGCUCCAGACACACACAGCUUGCAGCUCUCGUGCUGCUCUUUUCAUCCAGGUUUGUGAAUAGUAGAGAGGGAGAAUGGUGAAGACAGGGAUAAAGAUAUUUGCCCGCCUGCGGCCAACCAAGAAAACCACAGGAGUGUACGAGGUGGUCCAGUCCCAAGACGGACUGGAGGCUCUGAGUUUCACUGUGCCGCGCUCUGAGGCCGGCGGCGCCGUCAACAACAGGCGGGAGACCUUCUCCUUCAAGUUUUCUCGAGUGUUUGACUCCAAUACAGGCCAGGAGGAGGUGUUUGAUGCAGUAUCUCGAGAAGUGAUUGACAACUGUUUGGAGGGAUACAAUGGAACCAUCUUUGCCUAUGGACAGACUGGGUCAGGGAAGACAUUCACCAUCACUGGAGGAGUGGAGAGGUUCGGUGAUCGUGGUCUCAUCCCUCGCUCCCUCUCUUACCUCUUUCAACAGUACCACAAGUCACCAGGCACAAUAUUCACCACUCACAUCUCUUAUCUGGAGAUCUACAACGAGUGUGGAUAUGACCUUCUUGACCCCCGACAUGAGAUGGCUCGUCUGGAGGACCUUCCGAAGGUGACACUAAUGGAGGACAGAGAGUCCGUCCUUCACCUCCGAAACCUCUCUCUCCACCCAGCCAACAACGAGGAGGAAGCUCUGAACUGGCUGUUUCUGGGGGACACCAAUCGCGUCAUGGCUGAGACCCCAAUGAACAUGGCGUCCACAAGAUCCCACUGCAUAUUCACAGUCCACAUUUCAGCAAGAGAGCCAAGCUCUCAACUGAUCCGCAGAGCCAAGCUCCAUCUGGUUGACCUUGCCGGGUCAGAGAGAGUGGGUCGGACUGGUGUGGAGGGGACCCUACUCACUGAGGCCAAGUACAUCAACCUCUCCCUCCACUUCCUGGAACAAGUCAUUGUGGCUCUGUCUGACAAGUCCCGUUCCCAUGUCCCAUACCGCAACUCCAUGAUGACCUCCGUACUCCGAGACAGUCUUGGUGGUAAUUGUAUGACGUCGAUGAUUGCCACUUGCUCCGUGGAGAAGAGGAACAUUGACGAGACCAUCUCCACGUGUCGGUUCUCCCAGAGAGUUGCUCUGAUAAAGAACGAAGUCAGAGUCAACGAAGAACUGGACCCUAAACUGAUGGUGCGGCAGUUGCGACAGCAGGUGGCAGAGUUGAGGGAGGAGCUGAGUCUGGCCACUGGGGGAGAGGAGAGGGACGGAGACCUGGAACUGGCAGAGAGAGAGAGAUGUGAGAGACUGGUUCAGGACUACCUCCAAGACUCCAGUCCGGAGGCAAGACUAUUGGUUGGAGGUGACAUGAGGAAAAUACAACUCUGCUUCUCUCUGCUAAAGGCCAGAGUGAAGUCUCCUCUCUUACAUACCACGCCAAAAACAGCCACGCCCACUAAUCAACCAACCGUGACUGCCGACCCCAGACUAGAGGAAGUGAUUCGACAGCGAGAUGAAGAAAUCAAUAUGCUGCUCAAGACGUUGAAACAAGAGCGGAGGAAAAUUGCAGAAUUGGAGGCCAGACUCAGGACCACUGCACCAGAGGAGAGAGGAGGAGCGGGAGAAGAAGUGGAAGAGAGGAAAGAAGAGAGAGUAAAAGAAGAAAGAGGGACCGAGACAACAGGGGAACAAGAAGCCGGAGAAAGAAAACAGGCUGAGUCUCGCAAGGCCUGGAAAUCAGAGCUGUCUCGUGCCAGACAAGAGGCCUUCGACCAGUUCAGGAGAGACUGUCCCAUCAUGGACCAGGUCAACCAACACAAGACUGACCUGAGGACCAAAUAUUCAGAAGCCAAAGCUCUGGGUGAGGAAGUGCAGAGCUCUCGAACUACCAUCAGUGAGUGGGGGAAUCUAUGUGCUAGUACCACAUUAUGACCUACUGUCUGUGUGCUAUACUGUUGUUACCCUCGGCGCGCAUGCGCAGCGAGGGUACUGUAGUUGGGUUUGUCUGUCUGUCUGUUACUCUCAAUCUCACUUCUCGGGUGUCUGUUCGUCCCAGAAACGAUACGAUCUACCCAAUGGGCGGCGAGGGUCAGAAAAUAUGUGGGGUUUUCUCUGAAAAUGAUCCGUUGCAGAGCUAGAGCGCUUCCAGCAUUGUACCGGUGUCACAGUAUAUUUUAUCCCCCGUAUAUUUUAUCCGGGGGAUAGUAUAUUCUAUCCGGCCGGAUAGAAUACUCUUAGUGUGG